CAACAUACGAAGCUUGUAUAUAUUAUAUAUAGAGUCAUAGAGACUUACAUCUAAACGAAAUUCAAGUAGUGUAAUACAUAUUUGUGUAAUGGCCACUUUACUGCAGAUAGGUUCAGCUCUCAUUUACAAUAAUACACUUGCUAAUACUCUUCCACGUUCUCAGUAUUUCAAAUGGACCACAAUGGCCAAAAUGACACCGGAUAAGUCUACCGUUGUUCUACGCCGUUCCGCAAACUAUCCACCGUCUCUUUGGGACCACCGCCAUCUCCUCUCCAUCAAGAAUAAAUAUGCGACAGCUAAAUGUGUGCAAGAGAGAGAUUUGUUGAAGGAAAAGGUGAGAGAGAUGCUAGUUGAUGAGAAGAAGACUUAUCUCGACCAGUUGGAGCUGAUUGACGCUCUACAGAAACUCGGGGUUUCUUACCAUUUCGAACGUGAAAUUGAAAACAUUUUAACAGUUUCUUAUCAAAAGCAUAGAAUUGACAUGGGAAAAGAUCUACAUGCUACCGCUCUCCAAUUCCGACUUUUUCGACAACGUGGUUUCAACGUUUCAGAAGAUGUAUUCGAUGUUUUCAUGGGAACCAGUAGAGAAUUUGAGAGUGAUGACAUAAAUGGUCUACUAUCUCUUUACGAAGCUUCAUAUGUUUCGACACAGACGGAUACCAAACUGCAAAAUUUCAUCAGACCUUUUGCAACACAAAAACUCAGAGACUUUGUUGAUACUCAAAGUGAUAAAGAUUUUGAGUCUUGUGACGUAGGCCUAGGGGAGAUGGUGUUCCAAGCGUUAGAUAUGCCCUACCAUUGGCGAAUGAGAAGGCUAGCCACAAGAUGGUACAUAGAUUUUUAUGGAAAGAGACGACACAACAAGAAACUUGUCGUAGUUAAAUUCGCCAAAAUCGAUUUCAACAUCGUACAAGCUAUUCAUCAAGAAGAACUCAAAUACGUUUCCAGCUGGUGGAGGGAGACAGGUUUAGGUAAUCAACUUCAGUUUGCAAGAGACAGAAUAGUGGAGAAUUAUUUUUGGACUAUUGGGCAUAUCCACGAGCCUCAAUUAGGUUACGUUCGUCGAAUAAUGACUAAAGUAAAUGCACUUAUUACAAUGACGGAUGACAUCUACGAUAUUUAUGGUACUAUUGAAGAACUUCAACUUUUCACUGUCGCGGUUGAAAGUUGGGAUGUAAAUCGCCUUGAUGAACUCCCCGACUACAUGAAGUUGUGUUUUCGUGUUAUGUACAAUGAAGUCAAUAGCAUUGGACGUUAUAUUCUCAGGAAAAAAAAUAUCAACGUGAUCACGUUUCUUAAAAAGUCUUGGACAGAUCUAUGCAAAGCAUAUUUAGUAGAAGCAAAGUGGUACAGAAGAAAGUACAAACCAAAUCUGGAGGAGUACAUGCACAAUGCUUGGAUUUCAGUAUCAAUCCCAACGAUAUAUGUUCACUUCUACUGCGUAUACUCCGACCAACUCUCUAGUCAGGUCUUGGAGACUUUGUCCCAACAUCAGCAAAACAUUGUCCGAUGCUCUGCCUCUGUGGUUCGUCUAGCCAACGAUUUUGCAACCUCACAAGAUGAAUUGGCGAGAGGAGACGUCUAUAAAUCCAUCCAGUGCUACAUGAAUGAGACCGGAGCUUCAGAGGAGAAGGCGUGUUUGUACUUGCGGCAAAUGAUUCAGGACUUGUGGGAUGAGAUGAAUAACGAGAAAAUGGCUCAUCAUAGUUCUUGGCUACUCCAUCAUGAUUUUAUAGAAACUGUCAUGAAUUUGACACGCAUGUCACAAUGCAUGUAUCAAUAUGGCGAUGGCCAUGGCUCUCCUCAAAAAGCCAAAAUUGUUGAUCGUGUCAUGUCCUUGCUCUUCAAUCCCGUUCCUUUAGACUGAGUGUGGCAUAAUUACAUGUAAUACCACAUAUUGUUUUUAAACAAGAGCAUAAUUAGAUGUUAUUACAUGUAACAACAUGUUUUAUCUAUAAAUUUGUAUUUUUCUAUU